AUGGAGCCCCCGCGCCCUCCCUUUGGCGAGUAUCGCUCCGCCUCCCACGAUACUCUCCGCAGUGGCGCCCCGUCGCCCCGCAUCGAACACUUCGAUGGGGAAGUUCCUCCCGCCCUCUCGCCGCUUGACGCCUUCGCCGCUCAGGGCCGCUUGUUGGCCCGUCAACUCGAGGAGUCCGCGCGACGCAACCGCCGCCUCAGCCGACUGCCCCCGUCCAGCGUGGCCCGAUCCCUAUCGCAACCACGCCCAGGCUACUUCCGUUCCCCCUCCUCUGCCGAAUCGUCCCAUAGUGGGCGCGGCGGUGGUCUUUCCCGGCAACCGACCCAGCGGAUAAACCUCGAGCUGGAGGAACCUAAAUUCCGUCCCCAGUCUGAACACCCACGCCUGAGUGCCGUCUCCCACCUGGCCAGCGACGAUGGCCAGUCCGGCGAUGAGAAUGCGACGCCCCGAAAUGAGCCCACCACCAUGUACCAUGCCGAACGGAAUCCCUACGACUUUCCCCGUGCCGAGUCGCCGGAAUCGCUGCGGGAGGCCCCUGACACCCCUCGGCGGUUCUAUGCCGCGGGGCUGCCCUCCCCGCCUCCGGUGGGUGUCAACGUGAUGGGCCCGUCACGAAACUCCUCGACGGACUCCGCCUCGCGUCUGAAUGUCGCCCGCAGUCUGGCACCACCCCCGGCAUCUCCCUACUCGAGACCCUCUACGAGCUCGCGCGGUACGCAGCCUGAGAGCUCCGAUGACGACUACAGCAGCUCAAAUGCUGGGUCGACCUUCUCGAAGCCGCGGAAACUCUCCGCUGGCAGCGCCGUCUCCAUGCCCUACUCCCCCAUGUCGACCGUGGUACGUUCGCAACCGCGAUCGCCAUCCCUGAGCUCCGAGACAUCCAACACCGGCGGAAACCACCUGGCCCGUCCGUCGUACAACUUCUCACGUCCUCUGAGCCGCUCCAGUACCAGCCUGUCGGCCCCCAUGCCGACCACCACCACCUCCGACGCGCAGCCCCAGCUGCCGGGGGGCAUGACGCGCGCACGCAAGCCGAGUCCCAUUAUGGUGCCGCCGGACGGGGAAUUGGCGAAACAUGCGGGCGAGGACCCCAACUCCGCCCUGUCUUCGUACAUCUACGCCAAGUACUCGCUCCCGCGCGGACGGAUGGUGUCUCGGGACUCGGUGGUGUUCUCUGGCCUGCAAACCCCCAACUUUGAAUGGCGCGAACCGAUCUUCAAAAAUCACGAUGGGCUCGAGGCGUCAGAGCCCGCCCGAUCCGCUCGCACCCCGUCGCCCUGUCCAUCCCAGGCGGAGUCGGUGGCCUCGCACAAGGCCCGCUCGCUGCACGAGUCACCCGUGUCGGAACGCCAAACCCUAGCCCCCAAUGUACCCCCACCGUCCCAGCGACGGUCGCCGUCUCCUGAGCCCGCUCCCGCCCCUGCUUCCGCUCCCGCUCCCGCUCCCUCGGAUACGGUGGCCCCCGAAGGGCGGUCGGCGUCUGUCGCGAGCCAGGGCGAGGACCAGUCCGAGACCACUUCGUCCGCCGAUUCUGCGUCGACGCUCCGGCCGCAGACUGCGCGGGCUACCACUCCGUCGACAGUGGUCACUGCCGACGAGCAUGUGAGUAAAGGAAUCGAAUGUCAUGAGAAAGGGUCUCUCCAGGAAUCGACCUAUCAUCUACGCAUUGCGGCCAAGCAGAACCACCCGACGGGCAUGCUCCUCUACGCCCUGGCGUGUCGCCAUGGCUGGGGGAUGCGGCCGAACCAGCGGGAAGGGGUGCAGUGGCUGCGGAAGGCGGUGGACUCGGUAGGAGUGGAGUUGAUGGACGAUACGCAGCCGCAACUGCCGGCGCGCGUGCGGGAGAUGCAGAAGGCGUAUCGGGCGCAGUUCGCGUUGAGCGUGUACGAGCUUGGGGUCAGCCACCUCAACGGAUGGGGCAUUGAGCAGGACAAGUCGCUGGCGCUGCGGUGUUUCGAGAUCGCGGGCCAAUGGGGCGAUGCGGAUGCGCUGGCUGAGGCCGGGUUUUGCUACGCGGAGGGGGUGGGGUGUAAGAAGGACCUGAAGAAGGCGGCCAAGUACUACCGACGAGCCGAGGCGAAGGGGAUGAAUAUCGUGGGUAACAGCUGGAUUUACAAAGACAAAUACAUGUCGGACGAUGAAUCGAAGGCGACUUCGCGGGGGCGCGGCCACCAGGCCGGGACGCCGGAGAAGAAGCGCAGUAAAUCUCGGCAUCGCAGUCUGUUCCAGCGGAAAAAAUCUGCGACGGAGGCUUGA